AUGUUGAUCAAGGUCCGCACACUCACCGGCAAGGAGAUCGAGCUCGACAUCGAGCCCGACUACAAGGUCUCCCGGAUAAAAGAGCGCGUUGAGGAGAAGGAAGGCAUUCCACCUGUCCAGCAACGACUGAUCUUCGGCGGCAAGCAAAUGGCCGACGACAAGACCGCCGCCGAAUACAACCUCGAAGGUGGCGCGACGCUGCAUCUCGUCCUUGCUCUCCGUGGAGGCGCAUAG